AUGGGCACGGGGGCGACACGGCUGAGACACACACACACACACUCCAGUCCGGUGACCCCAUACUCAUUCUCAUUGCAAGCCGCUCUUUGUGCAUUCGAUAACCGGCUUGUCGCUGGCAAGCCGCUCUCCCCUGGUAGUGUCCUCAUCUCUCAAGAUGGUGUAUUUGCCCUGGGAUUCUUCUUCCCGUCCAACUCCACCAAGAACCAUCACUAUGUUGGCAUAUGGUACAACGGAAUCCCGGAACGCACCGUGGUAUGGGUUUCUAACCGUGCGGCGCCGAUCACCACUAACCUUUCCUCUGCAAAUCUUGCCGUCACCAGCAGCUCCGACAUAGUCCUGUAUGAUAGCGAUGGUCAUGUCCUCUGGACAACGAACAACAACAUCAGCAUCGACAAGGACGCCGUCGCCUCGGUGGAAGCAGUGUUGGACAACACUGGAAACUUCAUCCUUAGAUCGCUAGCUGACAGUGCCAUACUAUGGCAAAGCUUCGACCACCCUACUGACACCCUCGUACCCGGCAUGAACCUCAGGCUCAGCCACAACACGCUUCCAUUGCAGCACCUCGUCUCUUGGAAAGGCCAACAUGACCCAUCCCCCGGUGAGUUCUCCUACGGCGCAAACCCUAAAAGCCUCCUCCAGUGCUUCAUCUGGAAUGGCUCCAGACCACACCUGCGAAGCCCGGUGUGGACAAACUACCUCAACAUGGACAGAUUCAAAAAGUCUGCCAUUUACAUGGCCUUACAUUACACCGGCGAUGAGGUGUACAUGUCCUUCGGCAUGCCGACUGGUUCCUUCAUCCUGCUGGUCAGGAUGGAGAUUGACUACUCGGGCAAGGUAAAUAUACUAAGCUGGGAUAGCAACAUGUUGGUAUGGAGAGCUCUUUAUGUAGAGCCUCAACAUGAGUGCAAUAUGUAUGGCUAUUGCGGUCCUUAUGGUUACUGCGACAACACAGAAAUCGUCCCUGUCUGCAAGUGCCUUGACGGUUUUGAGCCGACAGAUGGUAAAGGAUGGAUCGCCGGUAGCUUCUCACAGGGAUGCCGCCCGAAGGAGGUGCGAAGGUGCACCCAUGGAGACGGUUUCCUAGCCUUUCCAGGCAUGAAGGUCCCUGACAAAUUCCUCCAUGUCUUGAGCAAAAGCUUUGACGAGUGCACGGAGGAAUGUAGAAGCAAUUGCUCCUGCGUGGCAUAUGCUUACUCCAGGAUGAGCAACAUGGAUAUUGAUGGAGAUGACACAAGAUGCUUGGUAUGGAUGGGAGAUUUGAUCGACAUGGUGAACAACACUCAAGGAGGGGAGAACCUCUAUGUUCGGACUAGAAUAUUGCAAGGCAAUCAAGGAAGCAAGGUUGUCUGGGAAAGGUUGAUGCGGCGGGAUACAAGAAAUUACAAUGAGCUCACUAAUAGUAACACAGAGUUUCCCAUUUUUAACUUCAGGGCAAUUGCUGCCGCGACAAAUAAUUUCACUGAAUCCAACAUUCUUGGCAAAGGAGGCUUUGGCAAUGUUUAUAAGGGAAGGUUGGAAGAUCGUAAGGAAAUUGCUGUGAAAAGGCUUCGUGUAGGUUCUGUCCAAGGGGCAGUGGAGUUCAAAAAUGAAAUAGCUCUGAUUUCCAGGUUGCAGCACAAAAACUUGGUGGAACUUCUAGGCUACAGUAUUCAUGAAGAUGAAAAGCUUUUGAUUUAUGAAUACCUACCUAACCGAAGUUUGGAUUACUUCAUUUUCAAUGGUACAAGAAAAUUGCUGCUAAACUGGUCCACGAGAUUUAAGAUAAUCAGGGGUGUAGCCAGGGGCCUUGUUUAUCUUCACCAAGAUUCCAGAUUGAUGAUGAUUCAUAGAGAUCUCAAAGCAAGUAACAUAUUGUUGGAUGUUGAGAUGAGCCCCAAAAUUUCUGAUUUUGGUAUAGCUAGGCUCUUUGGUGUCCAUGAACAGGAAGGACAUACCGAUCGAGUUGUUGGAACAUUGGGAUACAUGUCGCCGGAAUACGCAAUGGAAGGCAUCAUCUCUGUAAAAUCCGAUGUUUACAGCUUUGGCAUAUUACUUCUAGAGAUUGUAAGUGGCAUGAAAAUCGGCACCACAACCCCAAGCGCACAUGCACGCACUCAUAACCUUAUAGAUUAUGUAAGUGCAUGGAGCUUAAGGAAGUAUGGGAAAAUGAUGGAUCUAGUCGACUCAUCUAUCGUAGAGGGUUGCUCUCUCGUUGAACCUCUACGAUGCAUACAUAUCGGACUCUUGUCGGUGCAGGACGACCCAAACGCUCGCCCCCCCAUGUCUUGGGUGAUAGCAAGCUUGGAGAACGAAGAUAUUGAGCUCCCGCAGCCAGAAGAGCCUAUGUGCUUUGCACGCUGUAACUACGGAGCUGGCGAAAGCCAAGUACAUGACAUAAGCCUCAAAAACCUCAAGGGGUGCUAG